CUUGAAAAUAAACUUAACAAAAGAUCGGUAGUAGUGUUUCAAUGAAUAAAGCCUCAAACAAAAUAGACGUGUUUCGAUCCCCCCUCCAUCAAUAUGCAUCAACUCUGAGAUCAAGCGGAACGUGCUUGGUACAUAUCACUGAUUCGUUCGAUUUUAUUAGAAUCUAUCUCGGCCGUCGGCAACAUGGGGUUCGACGUCCGAUUGGUCAUUUUCUUGGUGAAUCUUAUUUUGUGUGGUCAUUUAAUAGCGGCGGUGACGAAAUUCACUUGUGUGAGUUACAAUGGCGGACUUGGUAGGGGGAUAAAUUCCGGAUAUGGCGGCAUCGGUAUCAAUGGCGACAUUAACGGACUAAACAGUGCAGACAUGUCUGGUUCGUCUGAGGAACUAGGGAUGGGGUUAGGUGGAUAUGGAACUGUACAACACGGAAUAGUCGCAGGCAUCCCCAGGGUCUCGGGUAUCCCGGGCGUACCGUCCUCAAACUUAUCGCCAGGGACAUCUCCACUGGCAGCAGUGCCGGGCGCGGGAGGACAGUCGGCACAAGACACGGCCGCAGCAACAGCAUCCGGGCUACCCAAUACCGCCGCCAGUCUAGGCGGGGCUUCCCACGUUAACGGCCAAAAUACUGGCACCGCUAGUACGCUAGGACAAAUGCCAUUUUCAAAACUCGCACCGGGCCAUCCCGGAAUUUUCUUGUCCGGAAGUUUAUCUUGCGUGGAUCGCCCAGGGACCACCAUUUUGAUUACAAAACUAGUGUAUGGUAAUGGCGGUAUUUACACAUGUUCCGCCCCUGAUCAGAAUUGUGACGUAGUGGACUAUAAGGAUCAGGAAAUCACACCGUUCUGUGAUGGACAAAUUAAAUGCAUGGUCAGAACCACAGGGAAACUCCUGCCAGGGUGUAAAGUCACCAGUAAUUUCGUGCAUGUAGAGUACGAAUGCAUAAAUCCGUGGUCCUCCUUUAACAUAUGCAAUGACGUCAAAACGGUCGUUCGAGAACCGGAAGUUUACAUCAUGUCACCCAGCUUUUUCCAAGCAGAAUCGCCUCCAUCCAAAACAUGCGAGUGCAUUUUGAAAGGCCGCUAUGAUAACCGAAUCAUGGCUCAAUAUGUCCAUACGGACAUUCAAGCAGGCAUUAAUAACACGUGUCCCGACAGCUUCGUCCUGUUUGAGAGCAAAUUGAGCCCCAAUGAAACGAACUUGGAGAAAAAGACAGAGGUGUGCGGGAGACGGUCCCUCAACAACUACCUGUACAAGGGUGAUAUCAGAAUCACUUUUAAAGAUGCAGAUUCAGGAAGAAGUGGAUUUGUAUCCAAAUUACUUGUUCCAUCCGCUGGGAUAGGUAUUCCAAGCGAGAUAGCAAUGGAAUGCGGAGCAGUCCGAAUGCCCGGGGAUCCUACUCCGUCACCAAACAAUAUGAACCAACAUUUCAGAGGAAUGCCACAUCCGUUUGGCCCACAUUCUCCAUUAGGGGGACUAAAUUCCCAAUUUCAACAGUCCCCGAGAAUUCCCGCCCCUCCUGUUUUUGAAGGAGCGCAGUCAAUGCAGGGUAAUAACUGGGGUAUGCAACCCUCAGUUAUGAAUUCGGGGCCCAUGAACUGGGGAAGACCAACAAACUGGGGGGCUCCCUCUUUUCCGCACCCGAGAUUUUUGGCUGGCACACCGGGUAUGCUAUCUCCCUCUACAACUAGUGGUCCCCCGCCUGCGUGGUCCAGAAACCAGAAUCCACCCUCCCAAAAGAGAAGACAGAACGCCCACCAGGUUCAUUUUAUGGGAAGAAACAGAAGGACAACUGCGGCCCCAAAAAUUCCGAAUCCAUAUGGAAUAGCAAUUAAUAAAAAUCAUAACAGGGGGCACCACCCAAAGAGGUCUAGGUUACAGAGCAAGGACGUUGCCAUAGAAACACAAAAUAAUCCUGCUGACGAGACAGAUAAGAUGGUCAGCUACAUAAUCGUUGGAAUUGGUGCGAUAGUGACCGCUUUCUGCGCCCUCUUUAUCUCUAUCUACUGUACACGGAGAAGACGGCAGAAAAUUCUUGAGAGGAAAGCAUCAAGGAAAUCAGAUUCAGAAAUGGGAAAUACCUCAUCUCUUUCAAGAAUCCACGGAGACCAAUCAGAACGAGCUAAUAACGGUCACGUGAAUGAAGGCUUCCAAGACGAGGCUAGAUGUCGUAGAAAAAUAAGUGUUGGAUCGGAGUCGUUUGAGAACAUAAGCCUGGAUGAUGAAAAUUAUCAGACCCUGGAAGAAGUGGAGGACAGAAGGGAGUGCCAAACGGAAGACGGAAACAUCUCGUCGUCAGAGCCUAGGAUCGACGCCGGUCACUGUGAGGGUCAGGAAGUAGAGGAUGGUGCUAAUUACCGCAAAACGACCGCGUAUGACAACAACGUAUAGAGAUCAGACACUAUUUCACUUCAAUGUUUAUGUUUCAAUAUCGUAAAGAAUAAAAUGAAUAUUUCAAAUUAU